GAGGGGCCGGCGGGGGGGAGGACCAGGGCAGCCCGCCAGCCAGAGGAGCCUCGCCGGGGAAGGGAGCGCCACGCCGUCGCCGCUCCGCGAUUGCAAGUGCGCCGAGGCAGGGCAGCGAGUGCACGGCGUCCGCGGCCCCACUUUGCACCAGCAGGCAGGCGGGCGGGCGGCGGCGCUGCGGGGGCUUCACGCCUCGCGACCUUCGGGGGAGCCUUGCGUGCUGGGAGAUCUAUACAUAUCUAUCUAUCUAUAUUUUGCUUCCCUGGAGGCUUGUUGCCCAGCAGCACUGUGAAGGUCCAUCAUGUCUGACAGAAAGGCUGUGAUCAAGAAUGCGGACAUGUCCGAAGACAUGCAGCAGGAUGCCGUUGACUGUGCCACGCAGGCCAUGGAGAAGUACAAUAUAGAGAAGGACAUUGCGGCGUACAUUAAAAAGGAAUUUGACAAGAAAUACAACCCCACUUGGCACUGCAUCGUGGGCAGGAAUUUCGGCAGCUACGUAACGCACGAGACAAAGCACUUCAUCUAUUUCUACUUGGGCCAGGUCGCAAUCCUCCUCUUCAAGUCGGGGUAGGAGGCAGGUGGCGGUGAAGGGACACGGCGAGCGAGGGACCCGGACUGUGGUGUUCUGAAGGCAGGGAGUGCGCAGGCUUCCUCUACCAUGGCUGUGCCGCUGCAUGGACUGUAUACUAUAUUUAAUGUGUAUAUGUUGCAGUAAUACACCUAAAUUCUCUUUUGGUUGCCUGGGAGAUGAAAGGCAGCAUCGUUUUUUUCUAAAAAAAAAAUAAUUUCUUGGGUUACUGCUCUUUUUUCUUUUUUGUUCCUUUGCACUAGGGAAAACUGUAAAUGCUUCAACAAUGGCCUUUAAGUGGGGGGGAAAGAAAUAAACUUUAAUUCCACAAAGUCAUCUCUUGGUGGUGUUAAUGUUUCUCAAAGCCAAGCUUAAGCAGACCAAAAAAAGUUCUUGUGAGGGGCUGAACUGGACUGAGGCAUCCACCAACGGUUUCUUUUGUUGAGCCACUGACGACUGUGUGACGUUCCUGCUGUCCGUAGUGAAAAGGGAUGGUGGGUGGGGAGGGGCUCCCGGCCUGAAUUGGCUUUGCAACACACGGUAUUGCCUCCAGCGCAAAUCUGGAACAAAGCUCGUAUUUAAUCCUAAUGUUCAGGCUUCAAAGUAGAUUAGUCCUGGCCGCAGACAAAUCCUUACACCCCCAUCCAUACCCCACACUAGGGGCAUCUGGCCAAGGUCCUGAGGCCCAUGAUGCCCAUGCCCAUGUGGGGCAGCUGCUGUUGGCCUCUUUCUCUCUCCAUCCCUGAUUGAGUCAACGUUGCCUUAUUGCAGCUUACUUCCGACAACUGUUGUGUGGGAAGAUCUGUCAAAAAUUGGUGGCUUGAUGUUGUGUAGGUGCAUCGUGGGUUUUUUUUGUGUGGUUUUUUUUGGAGGGGGGGAGGCAAUUGUUUGGUAGAGGCCAAUUCAAAAUCUCCCUCUUCCCUCCCCCCCACCCUAACAGAAGCCUGCAGAAGCAGAUAAAGCCAGUAGCAAAACUUCCAUUGCAGCAGAAAACAUGCCUGCUUCUGAAGCCGAGGAACCGUCGUCUCCUGCAGGCUUCAUUGGUGUCAUCCCUGAUGUGUAGUUGAAACUCUGUUCUAUUGCUAAGAUGUCCAAUUGGCUGUCUCUAUUGUUUUUUCUUUGUGCGUUCAUCCUUGAAAUACAUAUUGCAGUGAUAGCUUUAGCAAAAUUUGGGUGCUUUUGCUGUCAGGAGCCUAUACAUUAAAAUUGGGUAGAUUUUCCCCCCCUAAACUUGGGUGUUAGAGGAGCAGUGAAGAAAAACUUAUCUGCAAGUUAGUACCGACUCCAGGACACAGAUAUGAAAAUUGUCUCCAUCUGUGCUUGUAUAUCAUUCCUUGGGGGGGGGGGGGUGACAAUUUUCAUUUGGCUGUGAAACCAGGGAAGACCCAAGCUGUCAAUCUCUGAUGAACAGAAGUUCUCCUUGUGUCUGUGCAAAAUCCGAAGUAUGCCUCAUACUUUGUACAAAAUCUCAGUCAAACCACCUUGUUAAAAAAAA